AUGUCUAGUAACAGAAAGCGCCCUCGAUUCGAAGAGGAUAGUGAUGAGGUGGAAGGAAAUAUUCUCGGUGCAAAUGGCUCCUUGGUGGAAAAAAAGGCUACUAGGUUAAAACUGCCCAGUAUUUUGGAAUCCACCAUUUUCGGAGUCCUACCGACUAGCGAUUUCACAAGGGUGGUCGGAGAUUUUUUGUUUGAGAACAUUGACGGCGAGUAUGUCGAGAUCGAAGCCAAGUUGGGCAUACUAAAAGAUAAUCACACGAAGCAAAGAAUAAAAAUGAAUGUUCUCUGCGAAACGAUUAUCUCUCCUGAUCUUAAACAUUUGAAAUUUGAAACUAACAUGUCGGCAGCACAACAUAAACAUUUUAACGGCAUAUUGAAUGAACGCGUAGUUAAAACAAAACCACCAUACCCAGGUGCACCUGUAGAAUAUAAACAUCUCUACGAAACUGAUAGAAUUUAUGAAAAUAAGAUCAGAGUUACCACUGAUAGUAAAACUGGCGAGGUUAUCGAAGGAGGCGUUGUUGAAAAGGUUCGGAUUGCCAAUUUGGACAUUUAUUCUCCCAACACUCAAUUAGAUUAUCGCAUAACUGUCAACUCCGAAAGACCAGUGGAAAUGCCGACCGGUAGGAUUGUGCACGAACGAAAUAAGGAUAGAUUAAGCUAUACGCAUCAACUAUUCAAAAUAGAUCUAACGCAGGUUAAAGGUCCCGAGAAAGCGAGAAAUUACGAUGGCACCAUGCCUCCACAAGAUGUUUCACAUGAACUUGAAGUAGAAUUCAUAGAUCCACAAGUUCUGAUAGAGGAAAAAAUAAAAGUAAAGCGGAAUCAACCAAAUCGCUACGUGGAAAUAAUUGAGGUGUUCCUUCAUAACAUACGUUAUUUGGCUCACAUUGCAAAUGCGCAUGCAUAG